GGGGAGUGGAGCGGGAAGGAGCUGCAAAUAAAGAGAGCGCUCUGUUUCUGGUCCUCGCUGGGCUCAGGAGAGACGGGGGCUAGCAUCUGGGCUCCCUAGCCCUGGAGCGCCGAUGGAGCUCGGGCGGGGGCAGGGCUCCUGGGGGGCUGCCCGGGACACUGAAUCUUUUGUGCCAUACCCAGGCUGCCACCGCCCGCUCCCCCUGCCAUUCUGAGGCCCUUUGUCUUCAGCUGCUUUGUCACCCCCUUUGUCCUCCUCUCAUGUUAAAGGGGUGGGGGUGGGGGGGCCCCCUGGGGAUAGCGCCUCUUGCUCCAACCCCUUUCUGCCUCAGAACCUCAACCCAGGCUCCCUCCUUCUGCUUUUACCCCCCAGAGAGUCUCCCCUUCCCAACAUCAUCCGAGUUUGGUAUAUUAGGCAAAGGAAGGAAAAAAUGGCUCAUCAAUGAUACAGGGUUGGGUGGUACAGGAGGUGGCAGGCAAAAUGGGCAGGUACCCUAUAAGGUGGAAAGGGAAAAGGAUAAAGGAAAUGUCAGGGCAGGAUGUGAGGUGAGGAGCAGGAGAUGACUGGGAAGAGUGAAUUAGGGGUAUGAAUGGGAGGGAGGGAGGAGGGUGUCUUGCUCCUGGGAAGGGGAUUGGCAGCUCAAUCCUUCCUGGGGAUUUCCUGGGGAAAGGAGUGGUCAUAGGGUGGGGGUGAGAGUAGGAAUUGCCCCAAGUCCAGACUUCCAGUGACCCUGCUCUUCGGUUAGAAGUAGCCUUCUCCUAUACUUCUCCCCUCCCCCAAGCCCUCCAUCCCCUUACUACCGCUAUUAUACAAAGUUCCUGCCUUUCUCUGUGUGUCCAUUUCCCCAUAUGUACAAUGGAGAUAUCCUCUGGAGGGCAAAAAAGGAGAAGCCAAUAAUGAUUAGGAGGCCAUGAGUUCCCAGGGUUAGGGUGGGAAGAUGGAAAUGUUAGAAGCAGAGUCUUACGGAGUUGCGGAUGUAUGAGAAUAGACAGAUCUCUUGAGGGAUGGCUGAGAAAGGCAAUAUGGAAAGAAUAUCGGAUUUGGGGUCACAUUAGACUCAAGUUGGGUUGGAGUCCCUGCUCGGAUACUUAGCAGCUGUGUGACCUUAGAGAAAUUGCAUCCUCUCCGGGCCUCAGUUUGUGAUCUGGGAGGUCCCUCCAAUAGACUCAAACUCAUUCUGUUAGGAGACAGGCAAACUCUAGAGAGUGAUUGGGCUUGGGGCUGGGGGUGUGGGGAUCGGAUCGGAAAAAGAUGAGAAAGUCUCAGGAGGUUAGGACAGGGACCCAUGCUUCUGGGAGAGAGCAGGAGUGGGGCCAGGAGCCCUAGGGGAAUUGACUGGGAGUCCGGCCAAGAGAAGGGGGAGCCAGGAAGUAGGGGGAGGACGUGAAUUGAGGAGGGGGAGCCCUGGGGGAGAACGGAGGCGGAAUGGCUGUUCCGGGUAUGUAUUGUGGGAAGGAGGGAAGCUAAGGAAAGGAAAGCCUGAGGGAGGGGGGGAUGGUAAAGGAGAGGAGGUGGUUUCUGGCACAGGAACCCCUGCCCAGGCCCAGGCUGGAUCCUCCUAGUACAAAAGGAAAAGUCAUUAACUCCUCUUGUACUGCCCUGCAUCCCCAACCCCUGCUCCAGGCAUAAUUACCCAACCUUCAAAUUUUAAACUCCCUGGUCUGCCCACUCCUAUCCCAUCCCAUUCAUCCUCUCCACCAUCCCAAGUGGACCAUUCAGCAUCCCUACACUUAAAACUUCCUUGCCCUCAACUCUCUGGAACUUCUCAUGUGUUCCUCCCUUCAAGGAUUUCUUUUGUUCUUCCUCCUUCAUCCAGCUACUCAUUCAUCUCCCUCAGCUCUGAGACCCAGCUCCUGGGGAACAAGGGUCAUCUUUAGGGAGUCCUUCUAUCCCCUCCAGGAUUAGGAAUAAGAGAUUUAAAUGAGGGGAGUAGCUCUUCUCUGGGUUUUGGUUGUUAUUUUGUUCAUAAUAGAGUCAGGAGAAUUGUUAUCCCCCAAUUCCAUUUCCCCCCACCCCCAGCCAGAGCUGUGAUAAACUCCCAGAAAAGGAAAGAAACAGCUGAAGAGUUUGGAGUCAAAUUUAGGAAAAGAGCUGUGUCAUCAGCUGGUCGAGUGCCAGGGAAUCUGACUGCUGGGGAUUCCCCUCCCCCUACCCCACCCCCAAUUUCCUUUGAAAACCUGGAUUUUUGGAAGUAAUGAGACACCCCAUCUGCCUUCCCACCAAAGACCUCAAGCUCCAGCCUGAGUGGCUCUGCCAGCUCAGCCAAUCCCCGCUCUUCACUGUACUUAAAGGCGCUGGCGGGGAGAGCCCGCUAAGGAGAAUCCAACUGGGAGAGGACUGGGGAGACACCGAGAGAUAGAGACAGGGAAUCGAGAGACAAAGACCCAGAGAGAGCGGGAGGGAGGCAGGGAAAUCCACACAGUCAGAAAGUAAGGCAGAAAGUCAGAGAAGGGGAGAGAGGACCGAAAGAGAUAUAGAAACAAAAGAAAGACACAGAAACAAAAGAGAGAGAGAGACGGGGAAGCCAAGGCAUACAGAGAUAGGAAAGGGCAGAGGGAGAACGAAGAACAAGGGGGAACCUCAGAGGAGUCAGUCCUCAGCUCAGGGGGUGUAUUUGGGGAGGUGGCUCUCAGACUUGCCUCUCAACUCUUUGGGGAGAAUUUCCUCUGUUUCUUUGGAAGCUCCCUGGUUCCUGUGCCAACCCUGCAUCCUCCUCUGGCACAGGUCAGAACCCACAGGGGAUUCCUGCUGAGAGGAUCCUCCAACAACCAGGCAGAGGGAGUAACUGGAGCCUCGAAAACCCCCACUUUCUUCUAGCUCCUGCUGCAGUGCCAUGUCCCAGGCACACACAGGUCCCAGGAGGGACUUAGGGGGAACUCAGCCCAGCCCUCUGCUUCCCACUCGAUCCCAGCCAUUUUCAAGGCUGCUACUUCUGAUGUGUCUGCUACUAGAUUUCUCCUUGUCUCUUGCCCAGCUGAUGGGUCUCUCCACUCAGGAGGAGGAGAUCGUGUUUCCCGAGAGACUCAAUGGCAGCAUCUUUCCUGGCCCCGGUUCUCAGGGGCUCCUGUUAUAUCGGCUGCCAGCCUUUGGGGAGACGCUGCUGUUGGAGCUGGAGCAGGACCCUGGUGUUCGGGUUGAGGGAUUGACUGUGCAGUACCUGGGCAAGGCACCUUCGAUGCUAGAUGGGGCUGAAAUGGGCACAUAUCUGACGGGCACCAUCAACGGGGACCCCGAGUCUGUGGCAUCUCUGCAUUGGGAUGGGGGAGCCCUGCUGGGUGUCCUACAGUACCGGGGGACAGAGCUCCACCUUCAGCCCCUAGAAGAGGGUGCUCCCAACUCUGCAGGGGGGAAAGGGGCCCACAUCCUACGCCGAAAGAGCCCCACCAGAGACCAAGGCCCCAUGUGCAACGUUGGGGCCCCGCUUAGGAGCCCAGGCCCCAGCCCUCGAAGAGCCAAGCGCUUUGCCUCAGUGAGUCGUUUUGUGGAGACUCUGGUAGUGGCGGAUGACAAGAUGGCGGCAUUUCAUGGAGCUGGGCUGAAGAGAUACCUACUGACUGUGAUGGCAGCCGCCGCCAAGGCUUUCCGCCACCCGAGUCUCCGGAAUCCGGUCAACCUGGUAGUAACCCGGCUGGUGGUCCUGGGGCCCGGUGAGGAGGGGCCUCAGGUGGACCCCAGUGCUGCUCAGACUCUGCGUAGCUUCUGUACCUGGCAGCAGGGACUCAACAUUCCCGAGGACAGCCAUCCUGACCAUUUUGAUACGGCCAUUCUGUUUACUCGGCAGGACCUGUGCGGUGUCUCCACCUGUGACACACUUGGCAUGGCGGACGUGGGCACCGUGUGUGACCCAGCCAGAAGUUGUGCCAUUGUGGAAGAUGACGGACUCCAGUCGGCCUUCACUGCUGCUCAUGAACUAGGCCACGUCUUUAACAUGCUUCAUGACAACUCCAAGCCCUGCGUGAGUCUGAACGGUCCUGGGAGCUCUUCCCGCCAUGUCAUGGCCCCAGUUAUGGCACACGUGGACCCUGAGGAACCCUGGUCCCCCUGCAGCGCCCACUUCAUCACCAACUUCCUCGACAACGGCCAUGGACACUGUCUCUUAGACAAGCCUUCAGCCCCUCUGCGCCUGCCCGUGACCUUCCCUGGCAGGGACUACGACGCCGACCGGCAAUGCCAGCUGACCUUUGGGCCCGACUCCAGACACUGUCCCCAGCUCCCCCCGCCCUGCGCCGCCCUCUGGUGCUCGGGCCGCCUCAACGGCCACGCCAUGUGCCAAACUAAGCACUCCCCAUGGGCCGACGGCACCCCCUGUGGGCCCAGCCAGGCCUGCAUGAGCGGCCGCUGCCUCCAGAGCGCCCAGCUGCAGGACUUCAAUACCCCACAGGCAGGGGGCUGGGGCUCCUGGGGGCCCUGGGGGGACUGUUCCCGGACCUGUGGAGGGGGUGUCCAGUUCUCCUCCCGUGACUGCACUAGUCCUGUGCCCCGGAAUGGUGGCAAAUACUGUGAGGGCCGCCGUAUGCGUUUCCGCUCCUGCCAUACCCAGGACUGCCCCACAGGCACAGCCCUGACCUUCCGUGAGGAGCAGUGUGCUGCUUACAACCUCCGCUCUGAUCUUUUCAAGAACUUCCCAGGGCCCAUGGAUUGGGUCCCCCGGUACAGCGGCGUGGCUCCCCAGGACCAGUGCAAGCUCACCUGCCAGGCCCGGGCCCUUGGCUACUACUAUGUCCUGGAACCCCGGGUGGUAGAUGGGACCCCCUGUUCCCUGGACAGCACUUCAGUCUGUGUUCAGGGCCGCUGUAUCCACGCUGGCUGUGACCGGAUUAUUGGCUCUAAGAAGAAGUUUGACAAGUGCAUGGAAUGUGGCGGUGACGGCUCAGGCUGCAGCAAGCAAUCCGGCUCCUUCAAGAAGUUCAGGUAUGGAUACAACGACGUGGUCACCAUCCCUUCAGGUGCUACCCACAUCCUAGUGCGGCAACAGGGGGAUUCUGGUCCCCACAGCAUUUACCUGGCGUUGAAGCGCCAAGAUGGCUCCUACGUCCUCAAUGGGGACUACACACUGCUCCCGUCCCCAAGUGAUGUGGUUCUGCCCGGAGGUGCCAGCCUCCGCUACAGUGGGGCCACUGCAGCCUCAGAGACCCUAACAGGCCACGGACCGCUGUCCCAGCCCAUAACCCUGCAGGCCCUAGUGGUGGGCAACCCUCAGAACCCUCGCCUCCGUUACAGCUUUUUUGUGCCCCGGCCUGCCCCACCAGCCCCCCGCCCCACCCCAAAGGACUGGCUCCGACAGCGGGCACAAAUCCUGGAGAUUCUCCGGCGGCGCCAUUGGGUGGGCAAGAAAUAACCUCACUCUCCCAGGGGAGCAGCCCUGGGCACAGUGGGGGCACGCAAAUGACUGCAGAGAGGGGGCUCUGAGGAGCUGCCUCCUACGGGGCACAAUAGGGAAGUGGUAAUUAAGGCAGGACCUACCCUUUCCCCCAUCUUGCAGGCUGGUCCUGCCCUGGGCUACCUGACCGAGAGAGGCAGCCUGGCUACUAUGUGACUGGGGGCUAGUAAGUCCAAGAUGGAAGAGAGUCCCUCAGUACCCACCUGUUCCCUCUCCGAAGCUGGUCAUAGGAGGUGGGGAGUUGCAGGGUGGGCCCCAAUUGUAUUUAUUUGAUAUUUAUUCAUUGGUUUGUGAAGGGUUGGCACCAAGGGACAGUAGGGAGGGAGGGUAGAAAUUUGUCCCUCUACACACAACACUUGCCCUAGCCAGGGGUCCAAGUGUUAGCGGUGACAGGUAUGAGAGGUGUGUUUGUAUUUGUGUGUGUCUGUGUGUCUGUAUGUUUGUGUGUAUUCCUGAACCACACCUCCUGUCUCCUAAAGGGGAUGACAGGAAUAUGUGGCAUGAAUUAUCAUGUUUUCUAAUAAAUUUAACUUCAUUAUUUAUUCACUGGGCAGCUCCUUUUGGGAGCUGAGGGCUACCACCCCUUCCCCUAUUAUGUCUGGAAUUCAUGGGGACUAGGACUUAAGGCUGGCAAGGUCUAGGCUUCUGUCCCCUUUCUUGCCCUCUUCCCCUCCCAGGGGACUACAAGGCCACAGAAUUCCACCAUGCUUCCCUUUAAUUACCACUAAUUAUUCCCCCAUCCUUGCUACUCUCCAGCUCUUCCUGUGGGGAAAAGCCCUGUCCUGGAUGCUGAGGAUGAAUCCAGAGGGAGCAGAAUCUGUGUAUAGAUUUAGUAGGAAGGAACUCAACAUUUGGUACAAAACAGAAUGAUUAACACUGUUUAUGGGAAAUGCCAAUUUGGUCGUAAAGACUGAUACCAACAAUACAAAGACACACAGGGGACUUGACUCAGGGGAGUUGGAAGAGGGCUUCCUCAGUAAUUUAUAAGCAUGAAAUAAGAAAAGCCAGCAUUCAGGAGGCAGUGGAGGAAUUGGAGAAGAAAGCAUGAAAUAGGAGUGGAGAAAUAAAUUGACCAGGACAUAGUAAAUUUAAGAAAAUAUGGAGUGAAGGAAAUGGGUUAGUAGUACUCAGACUAUGAUUCUAGGGCAGGGGUUCUUAACCUGGAAUCUGUGAACUUAUUUUGUUUUUAUUUUAAUAUUUUGAUAACUGUAUUACAAUA